AUCCCAUUCCUCACUUUCCCACCCUCCUCCUCCCUCUCACCUUUAUCGCCCUCCCCACUCUUCCUCUUUCGUUUGCCUUCUUUUGUUCAGCAUCGACCAUCCUCUACAGCGCCCCUGGCCGAUUGUACUCAUAUCCUCUACCGACCGCUCUUGCUCGCGAUAAUUUCUCACAAAGUGUCGGAAUCAAAGGAAACAAUGAGGAAAACAAAGAUUUUCGGAGGAUCGUCUCACCCAGAGAUCACCAAUUUGAUCACCAGCCGUCUCGGCGUCGAGCCUAGCCCCGUCAAGCUCUCCCAGUUCAAGAACAGGGAGACCUCGGUCGAAAUUGGUGUGUCUGUCCGUAACGAGGAUGUAUACAUUAUCCAGUCCGGUUCCCCGAAGAUCAACGACUCUUUGAUGGAGCUCUUGAUCAUGAUCAAUGCCUGCAAGGGAUCGUCAGCCCAGCGCAUCACAGCUGUCAUCCCCUACUUCCCCUAUUCCAAACAGAGCAAGAAGAAGAAGCACCGUGGAGCCAUUGCUGCCAAGUUGGUCGCUAACAUCCUCUCGAUCUCAGGAGUGGACCAUAUUAUCACCAUGGAUCUCCAUGCCUCUCAAAUGCAGGGAUUCUUCAACAUUCCAGUCGAUAACCUCUACGCCGAGCCGACCGUCGCCAAGUGGAUUCAGGAGAAUGUCGAGGAUUGGGAGAACGGCGUCGUCGUCAGUAAGAACGCCGGAGGGGCCAAGAGGGUUACAUCUUUGGCAGAUCGCCUCAACAUCGACUUUGCGUUGAUUCACAUGGACAGGUCGAGAAAGGCUCACGGUCCUGACCAUUCUUUGUCGAAACCCGAGAAUAUUUACAACAGACUUGAAGAAGAGGAUGACGAUGAUGAUAGCAUGGUCGAUGCUGAGACUGGCCAUGAGAUCCCCCGUGCUGAGGCCGCGGACGAGACAUCGUUGAUGACCCUUGUGGGUGAUGUCCAGGACAAAGUGUGCUUUAUUGUCGAUGAUAUGAUCGACGGAUGCCACUCAUUCCUGGAGGCUGCCGAUAACUUGGUUAGUCAUGGUGCCAAGCAAGUGUACAUCAUUGCGACUCAUGGAAUCCUCAGCGGCAACUCGCUGCGCCAGAUCGAGGAAUGUACCAAUGUUCAUAAGAUCGUGAUCACCAACACCUACCCCCUUCCAGCCGAGAAGCGUGCCUUGUGCUCCAAACUGCAUAUUCUGGACAUCAGCCCUACGUUGGCAGAGGCCAUUCGUCGAACCCACAACGGCGAGAGUAUCAGUUAUCUGUUCACACAGGUACCCAAGAACCUGUAGAGGAUUGAGUAGUACUCACUAGACUCAAAAAAUCAAAAAAACAAUUGCAUGCAUUGAGGAGGAUGUUCGCAUAUCAACAAAACUGAAGUAAAGC